AUGUCCCCAUCCGACUCUACCAUCGAUCGAGCAUCUGAACAAUCCACAGUAUCUCAUGAAGAAAUAGCGGAAACAAGAAAUUCUAUGCCCGAGAGAAUAGAAAAUGUCGAGACUGGUCUGCAAGACGGGAAUAAAUUUGAUUGCUCAAGUGCAGAAAUUGGCGCUGCCGAUUCGAAACCCAGCAUUCGUCAUACACUUUCGUGCAAGGAUUUGAAAUUGGCCGAUGCGGUGCAAUGUGAUAGCGUACCUUUAACAGACCCUACCAUAUGCAAUGCUUCCAAUUUUGAGGAUGCCAAGCCAUGUGCAACCGGUGAGAUAUUAGAAACCGCGAUUGCCUCUGCAAGUCCUAUUGCCUGUGAGGCGCUUGAGGCUAAAAACGUACCUCCGCGUGAAAAUUCAACACCAAAUGCCACAAAAGAAAGCACAACGUUUGGAUCAAAAGAUACCACCGCCAUGAGUGGGGACAGUCUCGCUCGUGCAGGAGGCGAUGUAGAACAUCAAGCUCCAUGCGAUGGCGAGCCAACUGUAUGCUUAUCUGAGCAAAAGAACAGUUCUGGCGCCCUGAGUGGGAUUUCCUUCUCUUUUUCAUCACAUUCAUCGCCAGAGCUAGGAAAAUACCGCUCCCUGAUCGAGCAGAACGGCGGAAAAUACUAUGAAAAAAUGUCGAAAUCGGUGCAAUAUUUGUUGGUUUUUGUUGAGGAUGAAAAAACGCUCACCAAGAAAAUGAUCCAUGCAACUAUCCCUCUGAUUAAAGCUUCGUUCAUCGAUGAUUAUCUGUUUGCAAACUCCCCAGAAAAUGCGGUCCAAAUACAGAACUAUAAAAUUGUGAUUGAAAAUGAACAAAUCCAGUCUGAAUCAUCCAACGACUCUGACGAUGAAGUGAUCACCACGCCGAGAAAACGCCGUUCAAACGCCUCGGGCUCGAUGACAACGCCAAUAGAGACUCCUACUCGAAAAUCGAGUCGAAUCCGCUCAUCAUCUUCCCUAUCCACUCCCUCUGCAUCGGCUGUUUCUUCUCCCUAUACCACUCCCAAAAGACAAAAAAAGGUCUCUCCGCAAGACGAAUUGGAGCAUUCUGAAUCCCAGGUUGAAAAGGAAAAUUCCUCCGGAAUCAACGUUCUAGUUGAAGCCUCGAUUCCUACAAAAGAAAAUAGCACCCUCAUAAUGGAGAAUGAGGAAGCAAAUCUAGUUUCCAAUUCCAUCAUUUCCAAUUAA